AUGUUGACGACAUCAGCCCUGAGAGAUGAAUCUGUUCCAUAUCAGUCGCCACGGAAACAGCGACGAGCACCGGCCAGUUCCCAAAAGAACUAUGGAGCUGCCUUGAUUGACAAGUGUCAAGAACUCAAGGUCAAUGUGUAUGGAACCAUCAACAGCAAUUAUCGAGACUAUUUAAAUACAAGCAAUUACGUACUCGACUUAAGGGACGAGAUUGCCUCUGUUGCUGAACAAGUCGAACAAGCAAGAGCUUACGUAGAUGAUCAUAUCGCACCAUCAAAAACUGCUCUCUCGGCAAGAACUCUCAAAACGUUGGAGGAUGAUCUGCAAGUUUUAGGCAUACUAUCAAGACUACAUUAUGAGGUUCAAAACUUUGAUCAUCUGGUCAAUAUUGGAGAGUUUGUCGGUGCAGCUGCAUCUGUUGCUGAAAUGACGUCACUGAUUGAAACCCUUCAAGACUCAGCUAGUUGUGACAAGUCGGUUUUUGACGUCAUCAAGGGCCAAAUAUGGAACAGACGCGCAACAUUAAAGUACAGAUUAAAUGAGCUGUUUUGUGCCACAUUUUCAUUUACUUGUGCUGCAGAUGGAAUGCAAAAAGUGUCUGUAUCUCAAAGGAUAACAAGCAAAGAAUACUUUGAUAGUCCACCUACAAUUGAAGAUCUGUUUGCCGCCUUAGCAACUGCAGAGAUGCUGCAAGAAAAGUUGAUAUGGCUCGCUCAAAACGUGGUGUCGACUAUCAUAAAGAGCAUUCUUAAACAACCUGGUGCAGAGUUGACGCAAUCUAGAAACAAGUUGCAUAGUCAGCUUAUAUUUUCCGGUGGCAAGAAGGCUCCUGCUAGUGAUCUAAAACGAGAUCUACCACUCGCACUGGACAAGAUUGUCAUGGUGGGUGAAUUCAUGCUUGAGAAUGGUCUACCAGCCGGCGCACCACUAGGAGAUGAUCCACCUAGUUACGCCGAAUCGUUUGGUGAAGCAUGGUCGGAGUUGCUGUACACUACAUUAAUCGAGGAUGCCAUAAUUCCCAUAAUUCCAGAUGACAAAUCGUCAUUGGAACGCUUUUCUGGUCUUGCUGAACGCAUAGCCACGUUUGAUUUACAUAUGAAAGAGUUAGAACUGAUACCAACCAAUCGAGAAGAUCUAGUUACACUUUUGGCGAAUCUACACAGCCACUAUACUCGCAAACGACGGAACGAACUGCUACGAGUUGCUAGAGACAUUCUAUCAAGUGAUGAUACAAAUACAGUACAAGUCACCGAUGCUACCGAACGUGGUGGUCUGGGCUUAUUAGGUAGUGGUGGUAAAGAUGGUAAAGGAGGAGAGUCGAGAACGAAACAAGCUGCCAAAGGUGGCGGUAAAGAAGGGUUGGAAAUCAACAAUUCUGCAUUGAAACUUCCAACUAUGCAUAUCAGUGUACAAGCUCAAAUGCUGAUUGAGUUGGUUUAUCAGACACUGAAUGAGUCAAUACAGUUGGAUGAUCAACAGAGUGCCGUCGAACUCUUCUUCUGUGCAAGAGAUCUCGUCGAUUUAUAUCGUGCCAUCAUGCCACAACACAUAGCUGAUCUUUUAGAACCAUCACCCACUCGAGCCAUGGUCUUUUAUUGUGACUGCACGUAUAUCGUGCAUCACUUAUUAACUAUGGGAUUCCAAUAUGCACCCAAAUUGCCUCCACCCAUUACAUCAUGUGGUACUUUUGUCGAUUUGGUGCCUAGUUUCCGAAAGCUGGGUGAUUAUUAUUUUAGAAAUCAGUUGAGACAUCAACGUGACGUGAUACUAAAUCAACUUGGACUCAUCUCUACUCUGGGAGAUUUGUCGAACGAUGCUCGAUUCAAGAGCGUAGAGACUGGUAUGAAACAUCUAGUGCAUCAUAUUACGGCCGUGGCAAAGUCUUGGAAGGCCAUCUUACCAUACGAAACGGCACUACAAGCCAUUGGACUGCUAGUAGACACGACGCUUUCGACAAUCACAGAGACAUUACUUGCUCUGACUCAAUUGAGUGUUGAAGACACUUAUCAAUUAAAGUAUUUGAUGGGUCUUGUCUUGAGAUUAGAAGGGUGCUUCCAUGUUGUUAAGCUCGAUGGGAAGCAAAAGACUAGUAAUAAGGCACCGAUACCAAAGUAUUGCAAGUCAUGGGAACCUUUUGUUCAGCUCAUUUCUAAACUGGAUAUUGAUGGGGCGACGUUUCUUGCAUCGCGGUCGAGAUAG